GCGCGUUCCCGUUAGUAAUUCUCGGAUCUCCUCCUUCGUACAGAAAAUCCUCCUUUCUCAACGGCGGGUUGCUUUCCUCGUGAGAGUGUCCGUCCGUGUGUUUGUUUGGAUGGAUUUGCAGGGUCUUACUCCCGCCUUAGAGCGGUUAUGGAUAGAAGAAGUCCGUUACCUUCACUCUCUCUGGCGACACGGCCCACCUCCAAACAAUAACCCUAACCCUAACCCUAACCCUAAUCUCCGUCCAUUGAAUUCCACCUCCUUCAAGAAGGAGAGCCAAGCGAGUAAGACAGAGAAGAGAUUGCAGAAGAAGAAAGAGAAAAGAGAGAAGAGAUUGCAGAAGUUAAAGCUAGCUCGGCAGCAAUCAGAUCUACAAACCCCACUCAAUCGUGUCGAUCGGACAGUUUCCGAAAUAGAAUGGCCCGUCCAACCUCCCCCGCCUCAGCAGCCCCAGACUGGUUGGGGCGAUCUCAAACCGCAGCCUGCUGGCGCGACUACCCGACUUGCCACUGCCGAAGAACAGGCGAAGUUCACCGCCAUCCAAUUGCAGCGGUGGGUCUUGAAAUCCUGCCGGGAUUUCUUUAAAAAGGAGGGUUCGGAUGGGGAGAGCGAAGAUGACGAAGAAGACGAUGAUCUGAUGGAUGAUGAUGAAGGAGACUGUGGGAACUUCAAGUUCUUUUUAGGGCUGUUUACGGAAAAUGGAGAAUUGAGGAAUUAUUAUGAGAAGAAUUGGGAGCAGGGGGAGUUCUUUUGUCUGGUUUGUGGAGGGAUUGGGGAGAAGAUUGGAAAGAGAUUUGGGAAUUGCGUUGCACUGGUUCAGCAUUCGACAGCUAUUGCCAAGACAAAGAGGAGAGGAGCGCAUCGAGCUUUUGGAAAGGCCGUUUGUCGGGUUCUUGGUUGGAACAUGGAUCGGCUUCCCAGCAUUGUGCUGGAUAUCGGAGAGCCCCUUGGUCGCUCCUUGGCGAAAGCCAGUUCCGAGGAGGGUGUGAAGGAAGAUGGUGUCAAUGAUCAGAAGGAAGAUCUUCAGAAGGAAGAUACAGAGUCUGUGGAAGCAGAUAUGGAGAACUGAUGGGUUGUACAGUGAGAUGAGUAUCGUAGGAGUUUUUCAUUGUUAACUUCUUGGGGCAUGACAGAGGAUGUUCUUGGAAGCGAUAUAUUCAUUUGUUGAUGCGCCGCUUGAGUUCGUGACUGCUGUAAGUUAUCAAAGUAGCUCAACUGUUAGUUGGUGAGUAAAUAAUGUUGGGUCUAAUGUAUUGGACACUAGUUUGUAUUGCAACGACUUACUGAAGUAGUUGACUCUUAAUUGGUGAGUAGUAGUACUGUAGGCAUAAGCUCUGAUUAUCUAAAAGGCAUUGUACCUAAUAGGUCUUGUGCAGUGGAAAAUCAAAUUAAGGAGGCAUUUUCCUAUGUAUUUUUAUUAUUAUUUAUGCAAGUGACUGUUUCCCUUAAA